AUGACUAUUAUGCCCUCAAUGGCUCAAACUUACCGUUUCUCUUUCUUGUUUCCUGAUACGAUUCACAGAAACGCCUCCAUCACAGUUUCUUCUCCAUCUCCCAUCUUCUACUAUCUACUCUCUAGCCACCGCCGCAACUCUCCGAUCUCCGGCGCCACCCCUUCUCGACUUAGCCCUGCUCUACUCAGCUCUCCGAUCAGCUGCUCCGUUGAUCUCUUUCCAGAAACGGAUCCUUGUUUGGCGGAGACCACUUAUCUGAGACAAAGCCGGCCAUGGUCAAACCAAAUUGGCACAACCAGAGCUUCUUUCUCCUAUCAACAUGUACACUCAUCUUCAUAUCUCUCCUCCCACUAA